UCAACAUCUGGAGGUCACCGGCAAAUGAGGGACAAAUAGAGGGGAAAGAGAGCAGAAUGUGGCAUUAAUUACAUCGUUAAUUUGAAAUGAUUUCCGCUUUGCGGUUCCCCACUCCCUCACAUCAACACAGAUAAGUGAAGACUUCUAUUCUCAGGAGUCAUUGAAUCUUUUUUUUUAAUCCAGCCUUCGGAUUGAGAACAGUGGUGUAGCUGGUAGAGCUGCUGCCUCACAGCGCCAGAGACCCAUGUUCGACCCUGAUCUCAGGGUGAAGUUUGGCAGCGGGCGGCAGCCACUGUAAGCGAGCCUCGCACCGGUGCAACAAACCACCCCCACAACACAACACCACCUACCCCUCCCACCCCACCCCGUCUCGGAGCGUCCGAGCUGCAGCCACGGACCAUGUCAGAGCACCGGCUUAUGGUGGAGGAACUCAACGAGCUGCUGGCAAGCGACAGCGGCUUUUACAGCCUCCCGGCGCAGCAUUGUAACGAAGUUUACUCCAGGAUCUAUGUGGGCAAUGCGUUUGUUGCACAAAAUCUGAUGAGGUUGGAGCGACUGGGGAUAACGCACGUGUUAAACAGUGCAGAAGGAAAAUCAUUCAUGCAUGUUAACACCAAUGCAGAGUUCUACGCAGGCUCAGGGAUCAUCUACUACGGGAUCAAAGCCAACGACACAGAGACAUUCAACCUGAGCUCCUAUUUUGAAGCAGCUGCUGAUUUCAUCGACAAGAGUUUGAUGCAAAAGGAUGGGCGAGUGUUCGUGCACUGCCGUGAAGGGUACAGCCGUUCACCCACUCUCGUCAUCGCCUACCUCAUGCUCCGACAGAAAAUGGAUGUCAAAUUGGCCCUCCUCACCGUCCGUCAGAAACGGGAGAUCGGCCCAAAUGAUGGAUUCUUGCGACAGCUCUGUCAGUUAAAUGAGAAAUUGGUUAAGGAGGGUAAAAUUAAAUCUUAAUCAUCUUGGAAGUAGCCAGUGCCUGAUCAGAAUUAAUAGAUGCCUGAGGUUUCGAUGUACCAAAUGUUGUGUGUUGAAUUUAGGGCUGGGACAAAGUUUCAUUUUUUCAAUAAUUUCUUCAGUGGGACUAACUUUGUUAAUAGGAAUUGAGAAAGAGAGAGGGGGCAAGAUAUGAAUAGUCCUGCGUUACAUUUAACACAUCAUUUUAUUACCAACAACUUUCGUAGCACCCUUAGAAUCUGAUUGGGGAAUGUUGGUCUUUGGUCGUUUAUCAUGCAGGGAAAUUUCUUGGUUUAUCGUGCUUGGUUAUUGUAUCAUGUUACAGCUAAUGAAAUGAACCGGUUAGAGAUAGCCCACCAUCAUCAUUGGCGAUCUCUCGAAGUCGAGUAUGAUUGUCCUCCUGGUGGGUCCUCUUUGUGGGACGUUCAGGUGGUGUGUUCCUUCAGAUGGAUGCCCGUGUGUGGCAUCGUUUACUGUGGGGGAGACUGGCGCACGGACAACUACCACACGGUCCUUGACAGAGACAGACCCGGGUGCAACAGCAAGGACUCCACUACAGUUAGGAGUCCCUCCCUUCUUCCACCUUCUCAGCCGUUGUGGUGCUCCACCUGUUGGCCAUUCACCGUCCUCCUCCUGUUCCACCGUUGAGGUCUUCUUCCUGGGCCACGCUUGGGUCAGGGACCUCCCCCUCGACCCGCCCACCACGGGUGACCCUGCCAAGAGCGUAGCACUUGACUGUUUUUAGCUCUGAGGAUCAUAGGCACACGCAUGCAUCUCCACCACCACAAAGUGGUGACCCUCGGAGAUAAGCCCACAAUAGUAGUUUACUGUUUUGCAAUUAGUUCAUUUAUUUGGACUUGAUGCAGUUACCGAGUGAGUAUCAUAAACCUGCAAAUUUUCUUGCAUUACGAAGUGGCUGCAUUUUCAGUGAACUUAAAUUUAACUUCCGUUCUGUUUUCACUUCACCUGCGGGCUGUACUGCCCAGCACCAUUGACAAGUUAGCACACUGUGCAACAAGGUAUGAAGCUCUCCAGUUAAACUCUAGGUGUUCCCCAGGCUUCUCAAUUUUAGCGCUGGGUCCUUAAACAAAUGAAUGGUGUAACUGGUAGAUAAUGACAUUUGGCCACGAAUGAAAAUCAAAAACUAAAGGGUUCCUGACUUUUAUUUUUUUUUCCAAAGAAUCUUCCUGCCCAGCCGAAUGUUUUUUUUUUGUAUAUUUUUUAAAUUACAUUUAUCUUUAGUUAAUCUACAUGAACACUCUAUGUUUUGACCAAAUGUGUUUUCUCCUAACUGUUGCAUUAUAGAGCAGAGAACUGAAAAGCACAGGAGCAGGACCUUCAGCCCACAAUGUCUGUGCCAAACAUGAUGUCAAGUUAAACUACUCUGUGUGAUCCAUUCCCUGUGUUACCAUGCACCUAUGGAGCCGCAGCUUCGCUCCAUAGAUGCUGCCGCACACGCUGAGUUUCUCCAGCACUUUUGUCAGCCUCAGAAACUCCUCCAUUGUACCUACCUUCACCAUCUGCCCCAGCAGCGCAUUCCAGGCACCCACCAUCCUCUGUGUAAAAGACUUGCAUUCUUACAUGUGCCUAAGUAUAUGUUCCUGUGCUUGGGGAUAGAAAAAGCUUUGAAAUCAAUAAUUUGCAGGUAGUUCGAUCACUUGGUUAUGAGUCGUUAUAGCGUCAAAGAACCGUACGGCACAGAGACAGUUCUUUUGGCCGACCAAUUUGGCGUGUUGGGCUAGUCGCAUUUGCCUGUAAACUCUUCCUAUCCAUGUACCUUUUAAAAGUCGCAAUUGGUAAUGGAUUUGGAGGCUGUGAGCUGAAAUUGAUACAAAUCUGCAAUGAUUUUGUGAACAAUUGGGUCCAAUUCAGAUCUUGUGACCUUUCUCGUCCCUGCUGCUCCCAACACAGAUCCCAUUUUUGUAAAAUAUGUUCCUUGACAAAUUAGUUGGAGAAUCUAAUCCCUUUAAUUAUGGUAAAGCUUCAGCCGUGGAGAGUUGCCAAUAAUGGCUCAGCGUGCUACUUUGUCAGUUGGAGAAAACUCUAUUUCAAGUAGAGAGUAUUGGAAAAUAGGGUUGGAGAAGCAGAUUGGAUAUUUGGUGAACAAAAAAACAAGGUACCUCAGCGAGUCAGGCAACAUCUAUGGAUGGAAUGGACAGACGACGUCUCGGGUCAGGACCCCUCUUCUGACAUAAUCCCCAGUUUUUAGUAGAGUCUGAAGAAGGCUCCUGAACUGAAACGUUGUAUGUCCAUUCCUUCCACAGAUGCUGCCUGACCCACUGAGCUCUUCCAGUACUUUGUUUAAAUAGGUUUUUUAAUGGACCCGCUGAAGAAAAUUGAAAAACACCUUUGGUCCCAGCCAUGUCUAACUAAUUUGCAUUUGCAAGAUGUUGUGACUAUUUCUAUAUCUAAAAAGUGUGUGUUGUUAGGACUGUAGCAAUAAGAUGCCUUUAAUAUUGUCAGUUGUUUGUGUACUUUGUAAUAUAAACUGGGUUUUUAACAUUGUA